UUCAGCGCUUCACAGGCUCGCCGCGUCUUCUGGAGUCACCUCCAGCGAUCCGCAGCGCGUCAACUCGGCACACCAGCUGAACCCGGGCGAACGCUGCGGCCGACGAGGGCUCUUGAACAUACCUCUGAUCCUAUCAGCUUUCUCUGCAACGCCGACUGCAGAGACGUAACACGCUGCGACUGGUUUGAUUUUGGACUGGGCAUCCGACGAGAACAGCCGAGUAACCAACACUGUCAAAACAAGGGACACCAAUGCAAUGCUGCUUCUCAAACACUGUAAAAGUCUGACAAGAGUGGGUCCUCUCAAGACUCUAAGGCAUCUACGAGUGGCGCCCCCCACCUCAUUGGGUGCAGUUCACCUUUGGAGAAGCAACAGUGAGGAGCAGAGGAGUCAGCGUGUCCACAACCCUAGCUGGAAACAUGGCUUGGCAGGGCUGCUGGCUGGAGCAGGUGCUGUACUGGCUUAUGGCCUCUACCACAGCAAGGCUGAGCAGGCAGCCACCAUAACAGUGCAGACUGUGGGCAAGGAAUCCCAUCUGCCCAUCUUCACCCAGGAGGAAGUCUCAAAGCAUCGCUCUAUGGAAGAUGGCGUGUGGGUCACCUACAAAGGCAGUGUCUACGACAUCACCCAGUUUGUGGCUAUGCACCCUGGUGGCGAUAAGAUCUUGCUUGCAGCAGGUGGGGCCCUUGAGCCUUUUUGGGCGUUAUAUGCUGUGCACAGCCAGGAUCACGUGUUGGAUAUCCUCUCAGAGUACAAGGUUGGUGAGCUGAGUGCAGAGGACCAGCAGCGGCAGCAGGCUGUGGAACCCUCUGACCCCUACUCGUCCGACCCUGACCGUCACCCUGUCCUGCGCAUCAACAGUCUCAAGCCCUUCAACGCUGAGACACCACCCGAGCUCCUCUCUGACAAUUACAUCACCCCCUCUGCCAUCUUCUUUAAGAGGAACCACUUGCCGGUGCCACAUGUGGACCCUGCUUUAUACCGGCUUCAUGUGGAUGGGCUGCCUGGAGGAAUUUUGACUCUUUCUUUAGAUGACCUAAAGACACAAUUCCCCAAGCACACAAUCACUGUGACACUGCAGUGUGCAGGUAACCGCCGGUCGGAGAUGAAUGAGGUCAAGCAAGUCAAAGGGCUUAACUGGGGCAUUGCUGCUAUCAGUAAUGCCACAUGGGCAGGUGCGAGGCUGAGGGAUGUACUUCUGGCGGCUGGCUACAGGCCAGACAUGGCCCAGUGGGCUCACCAUGUUCAGUUUGAAGGGCUGGACAAAGAUGUAACAGGAACCACCUAUGGAGCUUCCAUACCUUUGAACAAAGCAGUCAGUGAAGAAGGUGAUGUGUUACUUGCCUAUGAAAUGAACGGAGAGGAUCUUCCUGCAGAUCACGGCUACCCUGUUCGCGUCAUUGUGCCAGGCACAGUUGGUGCACGUAAUGUCAAGUGGCUGGGUAAAAUAAUAGUAAGUGCAGAUGAGAGUAGUAGCCAUUGGCAACAGAAUGACUACAAGGGCUUUUCCCCAGGAACUGACUGGGAUACAGUGGACUUCAAGUCUGCUCCAGCCAUCCAGGAGCUACCUGUUCAGUCAGCUAUCACCCAACCAACAGGCGGUUCUACAGUUGAUCGCAGUUCAGAGGAGGUGACCGUGAAGGGCUAUGCCUGGAGCGGCGGUGGUCGGGAGGUGGUACGGGUGGAUGUUUCUUUGGACGGAGGGAAAACGUGGCAGGUGGCCCAGCUGAGGAGUAGUGACAAGGAACAAACCCCUACACCGUCGCCACCGCCGGGCCAGGCUUGGGCCUGGAAGCUGUGGGAGCUGACGGCACCCAUACCUGCUGAGGCUCAAGAACUUGAAAUAGUUUGCAAGGCGGUGGACAACAGCUAUAACACACAGCCAGACUCAGUGGCGCCCAUCUGGAAUCUGAGAGGGGUACUGAGUAAUGCCUGGCAUAGGGUGAAGGUGAAGGUCAGAGAGGAUGAAUAGAUUCAUUGGUUGGUGCCUCUUCCCAAAAUGAAGAGGUUUCUAUUUACCAGUACCCAAACAACAUUUAUUCAGCAAAUUAGGUUAGAAAAUGGAAGGAUUUUUUUUUCAAUUAUUAAAAGCAGAGGUGGAAAA